AUGUACAAUCAGUACGAAGAAUUACAUAGAAGUUCAUCACGAACUUAUGUUACCUCUGGUGAAACAAAAGUUUCAUCACGAAAUGGUGGUGCAUCUGGUGAAAAAUUUGAAACAGGAGUAUCAUCAACUUAUCGAUCAGCAAUGGCCCCACGUACAAUAAGUAUUCCACGAUCACGUCCAACAGGUUUAUGUACUAGUGCUGCUAGUGCAAAAAUACGUCAAACUUAUUUUACAGCAGGUUCUAAUGCCACUUCUGGACAAGGUUUAGCUGCUUUAAUCAAAUCUUCUGGUGGUGUAGCAUUACGUGGUGGUGCAGCGGCUGGUGGUAAAGCAGCUAUUUACGGUGCAGCUGAAUAUGGUGCAGCCGAUUUUGGUGCAGCCGAUUUUGGUGCAGCUGGUUAUGGUGUUUGUGCAACUGCUUUUAACGCAAAUGCUUCACCAGCUGCUAUUGAAUUAUAUUCAACACGAUUACGAGAAAAACGUGAUCUUGUUGUUUUAAAUGAUAAAUUUGCAUCAUACGUUGAAAAAGUACGAUUUUUGGAAGCACACAAUAGAAAAUUAGUUAUGGAGUUAGAAUUAUUACGCAGUCGUCUAGGACAAGGUUCAUCACAUAUUAAAGAAAUGUACGACUUAGAAAUGGCUGAAGCAAAUAAACUUAUUGAAGAUUCAAAACGUGAAAAUUCUAUUGCAUAUGGAAGAGCAUUAGAAGCAGAAGAAACAUUGAAGCGUCAAAGAACACAAUAUGAAAGCUUAUCAAUAUUAAGAGUAACAGAUCAAAAAGAAGUCGAUACUCUUAAAUUAAGAAUUGCUGAAAAUGAAGCGCAAAUAGCUUUAUAUCGUCGUCGUAUGUCUGAUGUUGAAGAUGAAGUCCAAUUGUAUAAAAAAGAAAGUCAACGUUUACUAGCCGAACUAACUUGUGUUCAAGGUGAACUUCAAAAUGAAUUAUUUCUUAAAUCUUCAUGUGAAUUCGAAAAAGUGGCUCUUGGAGAUGCAUUGAUUAAUACCAAACAAACACACGAAGCUGAGUUACUUGUGCUUCGUGGUAAACUUGUUUCAAGUGAUCUUGAUCCAUCAGUGUAUUUCCGUAAUGAAUUAGCUCUAGCAAUACGUGAAAUUCGUAAAGAUUAUGAAGCCAACUGUGAAAGACAACGUUGUGAAUUGUACAAUCGUUAUAGUCUAACGGUUAAUGAGAUUUAUAUUCAAAAUCAACCAGUCAUGAUGAGACCUGAAGGAAUUGAAGAACGUCGAGAAGCUGAACAAAUGCGUGUUACGCUAUUGGACGUUCAAAAUCAAAGUAGUUAUCUAAGUGCUCAAAAUCAACAAAUUCAAAAUUCUAUCACUGAUAUUCAACGAAAGUUAAAAUCUAUACGCGAGUCAAAUUCUGUCAUAAUUUCUAGAUAUGACUCAGAAAUAACUGAAGCUCGUGCUUAUUUAGCACGUAUUGAAGAAACUUAUGCUAAAGUAAUGGCAUCUAAAGUAUCACUUGAAAAUGAAAUUGCAACCUAUAGAAGAUAUCUUGAAAGUAAAGAUGGUCUUCGAGGAUAUGUCGAGCGAAUUGAACAAGUUGCUCAACAAAAACUUGUUAAUCGAUCUAUUGGUACUAAUGCUUUGUAUGUUAGUGGUGAAAGAGAAGUAACAAAAGCUUCUUCAAGUAGUUAUAUUAAUACAAGUGGUUCAAAUUAUGGUAAUGGAACGGCAAGACAAAGUUCUUAUCUUAGUAGCACUGGUAAUCAAGCAGCAUCUAAAUCAAGUAUUACUGAAUCAUUGUCAAGCAGUGGAUUCACAGCACCAAGACGUGCUGAAUCAUCUCAUGCUGGUUUAUAUCAAGAAUCCUCAGGACGUAUUGGUACAUAUCAAGCACAUAGUGGUGCAACACAAGACAGUACAAAACGAAGCAGCAUAAUACGCAGUGGUUUGUCAUCAUCACGUGAAAGUUUAACACGUAGUUUGGUAGGACAGAACAGUCCAAAACGUACUAGUCUAUUACCUGAUACUGCAAAUUCAUCACAUGAAAGUAUAUCAUAUGAAAAUAGUUUUGAAGACGCUACACGAGAUGGUGAUUAUGACACAGUUGGAAAUGAUUAA